UCUCCGCCUCAAUAAGCAGCUAACCCUAGCACACUGCCGCACCUGAAUGAAUCCCACUCACGCACCCAUCCAUCACACCUGUCCUUCCAUCCGCCUCAGCGUCCCAAUCGCACGCGCGGCGCGCGCCACCCGCGAUGGCAGCGAUCUCCGGCAGCCACCUCGUCCUCUCCUCCCCCACCGUAUCCCGCCGCCUCCGCCAGCCGCUCCCUCUCCCUGCGCGCACCGCGCGCCCAGUCGCCGCCUCGUCCUCCGUUACCCGACGCGGGGUGGCCGCCGCCGCGGUGUCCAGCCCCGCCGUGGCUGCCUCCGCCGGGAAAGAUGCCAAACAAGUUCCUAAGGAUUUCCUUCAUAUCAAUGAUUUUGACAAGGAUACAAUAGUGAAAAUUCUUAAUCGGGCGAUUGAGGUUAAGGCAAUGAUUAAGUCUGGAGACAGGAGCUUCCAACCAUUCAAAGGAAAGUCAAUGGCAAUGAUUUUCGCCAAGCCAUCAAUGAGGACCCGCGUUUCAUUCGAGACAGGAUUCUUCUUACUUGGUGGGCAUGCCAUUUAUUUGGGUCCUGAUGAUAUCCAGAUGGGUAAGCGUGAGGAGACUCGUGAUGUUGCUCGGGUACUUUCUGGCUAUAAUGACAUCAUUAUGGCGAGGCUUUUUGCUCACCAGGAUAUUCUGGAGCUGGCUAAAUAUGCAUCUGUACCUGUCAUAAAUGGUCUCACGGACUAUAACCAUCCAUGCCAGAUAAUGGCUGAUGCACUUACUAUGAUUGAGCACAUUGGUCGUAUUGAAAACACCAAGGUUGUCUAUGUUGGCGAUGGAAACAAUAUUGUGCACUCAUGGCUUCUAUUGGCUGCUGUACUUCCUUUACACUUCGUAUGUGCUUGCCCCAAGGGAUUUGAGCCAGAUGCAAAGACUGUGGAGAUUGCCAGGAGUGCUGGAAUCAGUAAGAUUGAAAUAAUAAAUGAUCCCAGGGAAGCAGUUAAGGGAGCAGAUGUUGUUUAUACAGAUGUUUGGGCCAGCAUGGGACAAAAGGAAGAAGCUGAUUAUAGAAAACAAAAGUUCCAAGGAUUCAUGGUGCAUGAAGCCCUGAUGGAGAUUGCUGGUUCGAAGGCCUACCUUAUGCAUUGUUUGCCUGCAGAGAGAGGGGUGGAGGUGACAGACGGUGUCAUCGAGGCUCCCAACUCAAUCGUGUUCCCUCAGGCUGAGAACAGGAUGCACGCGCAGAAUGCCAUCAUGCUUCAUAUGCUCGGCGCUUAAUUCUCCUAUUGGGCACCAGUAUUACACUUCAAUUCUAGGACGUCGCUGAGGGAUUGAGGCUGUUUCGGCUUUAGCACUGUAAUCCUAGAGUUUCUCUGGAGGCGUGCGGUAGCGGUUUAGGAACAUCUCAGUAUAUGCAGAUGAUAUGGCUUGCCUUAACCUGAUAUCUGUACUUCCGGGCGGUAGCUUGUACUGUGAAAAGGUUGGUAUUCCUGAAUAACUACUAAUCAAGAUAGGCGUUUGUGAGA